AUGGAGCAAGAGGAAAGCCAAGCAGAAGGCAUCCAUUUCCAGCACCCUCAACACAUUUUCACAGGACUGGGUACCUCAGGUCUUCAGUCCUGUACCAGGAGAGAACUAGAAUCUUCUGUGAUGUCACCUGUGUUUUGGUUACAACAACUGCUUGUGGGAUAUUCAUUCAGUGCCUUUUGGGUUCUCAAUCAGGCAUUUUUUCCCGGCUGCUCAGGCUAUUUCACAAGGAGAAUGGCAAUCAAGGAGAGACCAGACCAAGUGUCUGCUGGGAAAACAUCAUCCCAAAAUUGCAACAUCACUAAUCAUAUGAAGAAUGUGAAUAAAGUAGAAGAUAUGAAACUUUAUAUCAGGAAGAUCAAUGCUGAGAGGGAAGAACUUUGUCGAAUCUUGGACACUGACAUGAAUACUGAUUUGAACUACAGGAUGAACAUUGAAUUCACCAUCAUUAAAUCACAAGAUGAGAAGACAAUGUCGGAUAUGGAAAAAAUGACCCAGUCAAUAAGUGAUACCAUUGAGAAGUACAAGGAAUUCAUAGAAGAUAAUGAUUCCUACAGCAUCAGGCAUACCCACCUCCUGAAAGAAUGCAAUCAAUUGAAGGAAAAAGUAAGGAUGCUGCUGAAUGAGAACAGAAAGCUGCUGGUAGAGCAGGCUGACCAGGAAGCAUCCUAUGGUGAAGAAAAGAGGUUCUGUGAUGAGACCAGCAAGAACAUACAUCCCACAUCAAAGCAGCAGCAGGUGUAUCAGAGGCAGAUUGCCCUCAUGGCUAACCAUACAUAUAGACAAUCCAAUGUAACAGUCCACCAACUUAUCCAGGCACUCAUCUGUGUCUCCUUCAAGUGUUCAUUUAGGUUGAAGGUGGUAGCCAAAGACAGCACAAUCAAUGUGGAAAGCCUUUGCAUGAUUUCUCAACUCUUACACCUGCAAGUUGUGUAUGAGGGAGAUCUUGACCUGGUCUGUGCCCUGUUUGAGCUUCUGCCGAAUAUUUCAGACAUAGGGGAGGAAGAGACAAAGGCCUGGAGGCAAAGAAAGUGGGGGAUCUUCGAUGAAUCAACUCCUGUGGAAACUCGUCAACGUUUGAAUCCACCCGGUGGGAAGACCAGUGACAUAUUUGGGUCCCCAGUCACUGCCACUGUGCCUCUGGCACACCCAAACAAGCCCAAGGAUCAUGUUUUGCUGUGUGAAGGUGAAGACUCUAAGUCUGACCUGAAAUCUGCAACAGACUCCACACCCAGAGGAGAGCAGGGCGACAAAGGAAGCUCAAAAGAAGUAGAGCAUGCAAAGAUACCGGAGCCCACAGCUACAGUUGACAGUCAUGAGCCCAGACUGGGGCCACGACCUCGCUCCCACAACAAAGUCCUGAACCCACCAGGAGGCAAAUCCAGCCUCUCCUUCUAUUGAGAAGCUCCUGCUCUGCCUGUAACUAGAUCAGGCAGAGAUUGAAUUGAAUGUUAGUGUUUCCUU